CCUUUUCUCUACUCGCGUUAUGUCUCAACGCAAAUCCCGUACCUCGUUGCCCCGCAUCUGUCAAUUUAAUGGACAAACUUGGCAACAACAUUACAUUCACUCAAUCUGAUGAAUCUGGUAAAACUAUUGUCACGUUUUCUGGAGAAUUUAAGAAGGGCAUCGACAAAAAUGAUCCAAAAAAUUACUAUAUAAAAAUUAUGACGCCAUUCCCACUACAAUACUCCUUUGAAACGUUGAAAAUACAAAUUAAUAUACCUGCUACCUCUGCUUUUUCGUAUUCUUCCAGUGGAAGUUUAAGAAAUUCUUACAUCGGCAGAAUUCUCAAGGUUCUUUACAACAAGGAUAUUAUCGGUGAGGGAAAAAUUGAAAGUUCCUCUUGUUAG